UAUGUACGUACUACAUUCCUCUGUCUUCAGAUUAUGGACAACUCGGUCAUCAAACAAGACUUUGGCAUGGUAGGUGAUCUCACCACAGCCUUCCGAGACUACGCAAAAAGUCUCGGAAGGAUGGAUCUUUACAACUAUAACUUUACGUUUCGGCGCGACGAUGCGAAAGGUCUGACUGAGGAUGAGUUUGGAAAAAUGAUGGACUACUACCAAAUAUCAGAAGCGCAACGUUACGGAUCGAGGGCCCGGUCGCUUGUCAUUGAUCACCAAGAAUCAGGUCCCAUACGAAAGACCAUUCUAAUAUUUGCCCGAUCAAAAAAACAUAGGUAUGAUGUUGUUGUGGCUGAAGGGAAGAUGUCGAUCAAUGUGGACUGGGAAAGGACUGGAUUGGCUGCAGGCAUCUCAAGUAUCAUAACUGGGGCUGUUUACUGUGCGAUUGGUUCUAUUCUGGGGAUUACGGUUGGAGUUCUAGGUUUACUUAGAAUUGGGAAUAACAUAAUUACCGGCCCAAACGAAGAUGUCAUUAACCGUUUCAUGGCCAUGCAGCUGAUUGAAACUCAAGAUUUGGUCGUGAAAAAACAUGGCAAACUUGCAUUUGUGCAUGGUAGACAUCAUACUCUCCUAGAUGAUGAUCCUGGCACUGAUCAUUCAUCAUGUUGCAUUAGCUGCUUCCCCUUCAAAUAAAGAACAAAAAGUAAUCACUAAUUUUGAACGCGUAUAAUUAAUUUGAUUGUAUUUUCAUUGUUGGCUGAAGGUGUCAUUUGUUCAUUUGUCGUUUUUGUU